CAGACUCUCAGCCUUCUUUCUGUAUCGACUCUAAAGCACAUCUGCUCUCUACAGUCCAAACAUGGGAAGCCCAUUCAGCCUACUCAUCCUAUUUAGCCUAUUCAUCAAAUAUGCUCAGCAGCAGACCUGCUCUUCUCUCCAUAACCCGACUACGGACUGCAAAUAUGCCAAAAAUGAACCAACCAGAUACAAUAAUGAGGAGAUCAGGAUUGUGUUGGUGGGGAAGACCGGAGUUGGGAAGAGCGCCACAGGAAACACCAUUCUGGGAGAAAAGAACUUCAACUCAAAGUUCUCUCCUAAAUCUUUGACUGAACACUGUGCUAAGGCCUCUGGUGAAGUGGAUGGACAAAGGAUUGCUGUUAUUGACACUCCGGGUCUGUUCGACACAAGGAUUGAUUAUAAUAAAACCAGUAAAGAUAUUGCCCAGAGCAUUUCUUAUGCUUCUCCUGGCCCUCACAUCUUCCUGGUCGUCAUCAAACUGGGCAGAUUCACAGAGGAAGAAAAGCAGACGGUGCAGAAGAUUCAGGAAAUCUUUGGAGAGGAUGCAGACAAAUACAGCAUGGUUCUCUUUACCCAUGGUGACCAGCUCAAAGGGAAAACUAUUGAGGAGUUCUUGAAGGACAGCGAAGAGCUGCAGGAACUUGUAGAAAAAUGUAACGGCCAGUACCACGUCUUUAAUAAUGACCUGAAAGAUCGUUCUCAGGUCAGGGAGCUGUUCAACAAGAUCAGAUAUAUAACAAAGAAGAACGGAGGAAGUCAUUACACCACUGAAAUGUUCCAGGAGGCAGAGAGGAAGAUAGAAGAGGAGAAACAACGAAUCCUUAAAGAGAAAGAAGAGCAAAUGCGCAAAAAGGAAGAAGAAAUGAAGCGGAAACUAGAGGAAAGGUACGAGCAACAAAUAAAGGAAGCAGAGGCUGACAGAGAGAGGAUGAAAAAGUUAGUUGCAGCUCGUGAUAGAGAAUUGGAGGAGGAGAAGAAAAAAUAUAGAAUAGAGCAGGAAAAUAAUGCCAGAAGGCAAGCUGAGAACAGUAAUUCAAUAUUUAACCUGGUAAAACGUUUUUUGAAAUUUUUGUUUGGGCCCUAUAUAAAGUCAACUAGGCAAGCCUUCCUAUCAGAACCAACCAGAUACAAUAAUGAGGAGAUCAGGAUUGUGGUGGUGGGGAAGACCAGAGCUGGAAAGAGCACCACAGGAAACACCAUUCUGGGAAAACACAACUUUAAAUCAGAAUUCUCUUUUAACUCUUUGACUGAACACUGUGCUAAGGCCUCUGGUGAAGUGGAUACACAAAAGAUUUCUGUUAUUGACACUCCAGGACUGUUUGACACCAGUAUUAAUGACAUCUUCCUGGUCGUCAUCAGACUGGGCAGAUUCACAGAGGAAGAAAAGAAGACGGUGCAGAAGAUUCAGGAAAUCUUUGGAGAGGAAGCAAACAAAUACAGCAUGGUUCUCUUUACCCAUGACUGUAGACCUACUCUAGCUGACAUCACAUCUGCUCUCUACAAUCCAAACAUGGGAAGCCCAUUCAGCCUACUCAUCCUAUUCAGCUUAUUCAUCAAAUAUGCUCAGCAGCAGACCUGCUCUUCUCUCCAUAACCCAACUACGGACUGCAAAUAUGCCAAAAAUGAACUGACCAGAUACAAUAAUGAGGAGAUCAGGAUUGUGUUGGUGGGGAAGACCGGAGUUGGGAAGAGCGCCACAGGAAACACCAUUCUGGGAAAACAGUAUUUUGAAACAGAGUUCUCUCCUAAAUCUUUGACUAAACACUGUGCUAAGGCCAAUUGUGAAGUGGAUGGACAAAAGAUUGCUGUUAUUGACACUCCGGAUCUGUUCGACACCAGCAUUGAUGAAAAGGAAACUAUUAAAAAUAUUGCCCAGAGCAUUGCUUAUGCUUCUCCUGGACCUCACAUCUUCCUGGUCGUCAUCAGACUGGGCAGAUUCACAGAGGAAGAAAAGAAUACGGUGCAGAAGAUUCAGGAAAUCUUUGGAGAGGACGCAGACAAAUACAGCAUGGUUCUCUUUACCCAUGGUGACCUGCUCAAAGGGAAAACUAUUAAAAAGUUCUUGAAGGACAGCGAAGAGCUGCAGGAACUUGUAGAGAAAUGUAAUGGCCAGUACCACGUCUUUAAUAAUGACCUGAAGGACCGUUCUCAGGUCAGGGAGCUGCUCAACAAGAUCAGAUAUAUCACAAAGAAGAAUGGAGGAAGUCAUUACACCAUUGAAAUCUUCCAGGAGGCAGAGAGGAAGAUAGAAGAGGUGAAACAACGAAUCCUUAAAGAGAAAGAAGAGCAAAUGCGCAAAAAGGAAGAGGAAAUAAAGAAGAAAGUAGAGGAAAAGUAUGAGCUACAAAUAUGGAAACCAGCUGACAGAGAGUGGACGAAAAUAGUUGCAGCUCGUGACAGAGAAAUGGAGAUGAGAGUAAAAAUAUUUAGAAAUGCGCAUGAAAAUUAUGCCAGAUUUCAAGCUGAGAACAGUAAUAUAAUAAACGUGAUAAUAGAUUUACUUUUUGACAAUAUUGUGAAACCCAUUCUGAAAUUCAUUGGUUGGAAGUAGAAAUUCUGACUUGCUGAACUGCAGCAGAUUUACCAAACUGUUCUCUUCACAGCCCCUUUUUGAUUUUCCUGUG